AGAAACCCAUAGGCUCCUGAGCUUCCCUCCGCCAUUUUAAAAUAUCACUACCUUCAAGAUCUCUCCUUCUAUUCCUCACUCUAUCAGAAUUUAGAAAAGAGAAAACUUGAAAACAAAGAAGCCAGUAAAUCGUUAGGGAGAAGAUGAUGCAGAAGUUAUGGGGUAGAGGCAGCUCGUCUGCCUCUACAGACAAAAUCGACACUUCUCCUCAAUCCGUCCCUCGUUCCACUUCCUCGUCGACUGUAGUCGCUACGGGCCCCGCUAGGCCGCUUCGACUUGUCUAUUGCGAUGAGAAGGGCAAGUUCAGGAUGGACCCUGAGGCCGUGGCCGUGCUCCAGCUCGUCAAUGGACCUAUUGGGGUUGUCUCGGUUUGCGGUCGAGCUCGUCAGGGCAAGAGCUUCAUUUUGAAUCAGCUUCUCGGCAGGAGUACUGGAUUUCAAGUUGCAUCAACCCAUCGGCCAUGCACUAAAGGACUUUGGAUGUGGAGCACACCUUUAAAGAGAACUGCACUCGAUGGAACCGAAUACAAUCUCCUACUUCUGGACAGUGAAGGAAUUGAUGCUUAUGAUCAAACGGGAACAUACAGCACUCAGAUAUUCUCCUUGGCUGUUCUUUUAUCUAGCAUGUUUAUCUACAAUCAGAUGGGUGGUAUUGAUGAAGCUGCCCUUGAUCGUCUUUCUCUUGUUACUGAAAUGACUAAACAUAUUCGUGUUAGAGCUUCUGGAGGAAGGAGUACAGCUUCUGAGCUUGGGCAGUUUUCACCGAUUUUUGUUUGGCUUCUGAGGGAUUUUUAUUUGGAUUUAGUAGAGGAUAAUAGGAAAAUAACACCACGUGAUUAUCUAGAACUAGCCUUGAGGCCAAUGCAAGGGGGCAGAAAAGAUGUAGCUGCCAAGAAUGAGAUCCGGGAGUCCAUUCGUGCUCUUUUUCCAGAACGUGAAUGUUUCACCCUUGUUCGACCUUUGAACAAUGAAAAUGAUCUCCAACGACUUGACCAGAUCUCUUUGGACAAAUUACGACCAGAAUUUAGAUCUGGCUUGGAUGCAUUGACCAGGUUUGUGUUCGAGAGAACCAGGCCCAAGCAAGUGGGUGCUACAGUAAUGACAGGUCCCAUUCUUGCUGGCAUCACUCAAUCUUUUCUGGAUGCUCUUAAUAACGGUGCAGUGCCUACAAUAUCUUCCUCAUGGCAGAGUGUUGAAGAAGCAGAAUGUCGAAGGGCUUACGAUUCUGCAACUGAAGUUUACAUGUCUGCUUUUGACUGCUCAAAGCCUCCUGAAGAGGUUGCUCUAAGAGAAGCACAUGAGGUGGCAGUUCAAAAAGCGGUUUCUGCAUUUAAUGCUAGUGCUGUGGGGGCUGGUACAGCAAGACAGAAGUAUGAAAAGCUUCUUCAGAACUUCUUCAAAAAGGCAUUUGAGGACUACAAGAGGAAUGCUUUUAUGGAGGCAGACCUAAGAUGUUCAGAUGCUAUACAAGGCAUGGAAAAGAAGUUAAGAGCAGCAUGUCUUGUUCCUGGUGCAAAAAUUGAUGAUGUUCUGAAGAUUCUUGAAGGUCUUCUAUCUGAGUAUGAAGCAUCAUCUCAUGGUCCAGGAAAGUGGCAGAAACUUGCAGUCUUCUUACAGCAGAGCUUGGAAGGGUCAAUAGUUGAUCUUGCCAAGAAGCGUGAAGAUCAAAUUGGGUCAGAGAAGAGUAACCUCAUGCUGAAAUGCCGCUCAACUGAAGACAAGUUGGAGUUACUCAAGAAGCAACUGGAAGCAAGUGAAAAAUAUAAAACUGAAUAUCUGAAACGUUAUGAUGAUGCUAUCAGUGACAAAAAAAAGCUUUCUGAUGAAUAUAUGAACCGUAUUACUUCCUUACAAAGCAAAUGCAGUUCCUUGGAAGAGAGGUGCUCAAGCUUAUCAAAAAGUGCAGAUUCUGCCAGGCAGGAUUCUUUGGAAUGGAAAAGAAAGUAUGAGCAGAUCUUCUCAAAGCAGACAGCUGAGGAACACCAAGCAAAUUCAGAAAUAGCAGUUCUCAAAUCCAGAACCAGUGCGGCUGAAGCGAGACUGGCUGCUGCUCGUGAACAAGCUCAGUCUGCUCAAGAGGAGGCAGAGGAGUGGAAACGGAAGUAUGGUAUUGCUGUUAGAGAAGCCAAGGCUGCUCUGGAGAAGGCAGCAGCAGUGCAGGAACGGACAAACAAACAGACACAAUUACGAGAAGAUGCUCUGAGGGAAGAGUUCUCAGCAACUCUGACUGAAAAGGAAGAGGAAAUCAAGGAGAAGGAAGCAAAACUUGAAUCCACUGAGCAGCAUGUGACUACUUUGAGUUUGGGACUGAAGGCUGCUGAGUCAAAAUUGAAGAGCUAUGAUUCAGAAACAUCAGCUUUGAAACUUGAAAUCAAAGAAUUGGCUGCGAAGUUGGAUGCUGUCAAAGCCACAUCUCAGUCGUUUGAAAGAGAAGCCAAGAUAUUGGAGCAAGAGAAGGUCCAUCUGGAGCAAAAGUAUCUCUCUGAAUUCAAAAGGCUUGAGGAGGUUCAGGAAAGGUGUAAAAUUGCCGAAAAGGAAGCUAAGAGAGCUACCGAAUUGGCUGAUAAAGCACGGGCAGAAGCAGUCACAGCUCAAAAAGAAAAGAGUGAAGUCCAGCGGGUGGCAAUGGAGAGAUUAGCCCAAAUUGAAAGGGCAGAAAGGAAUAUUGAGACCUUGGAGAGACAGAAAGCAUACCUGGUGGAGGAAGUAGAGAGGUUUCGUGCUUCUGAAAUGGAUGCCUUGGCCAAAGUUGCACUACUAGAGGCCAGGGUUGAGGAGAGGGAGAAAGAGAUUGAGUCACUUUUGAAAUCAAACAAUGAACAGAGGGCAAACACAGUCCAGGUUCUUGAGGGCCUUCUUGCUACUGAACGGGCAGCCAGGACAGAGGCAAGCAAUAGGGCAGAAUCCCUAUCUAUGCAAUUGCAAUCAACUCAGGGCAAACUGGAUCAACUUCAGCAGGAAUUGACUUCAGUUCGUCUGAAUGAAACAGCAUUAGAUAGUAAACUAAAAACUGCAUCACAUGGUAAACGUUUGAGGCACGAUGACUAUGAUGGGGGUGUGGAAUCUGUUCAAGACAUGGACGUUGAUGACAAAAUAACCAGAGGAAGGAAGAGGUCCAAGAGCACAAGUAGUCCUCAGAAGUAUACCCAAUUAGAAGAUGGGGGAUCGGUUUUUAAGGCAGGUGAUGAUAACAAUCACAAUCAGCAUACCGACUCAGAGGACUAUACCAAGUUUACUGUACUGAAACUGAAGCAAGAACUCACAAAACAUGGCUUUGGUGCAGAGUUGCUUCAGUUAAGGAAUCCCAACAAGAAGGACAUUCUCUCUUUGUAUGAGAAACAUGUCCUCCAGAAAUGAUACCUCUUCCUCUCUUUAGCAUAUGACUUUGUAUAGGGAAGUCUGUAAUUUAUUACUAAAAGUACUCAUAGAUCAGGUCGCCCAUUAGAGUGGAAUCCUGAUGGUCUCAUCCCCUUGAAAUGCCCCGCCUUAAUUAGGUACACGGCUUUGAGAAACAUCCUAGCACUGUAAUUUUUGUAGUUAGUUAUUCAUACUUCAGACAGCAAAAUUUUGGGUAUGGGGCUACAAGACUUACCUUUACCCCAUCUAUUUUGGAUUUAUUCUACUUGUCUGGUUGCCUAGCUGAGAAUGCUACUUCACAGACUUUGUGCUUGUUCAGUUUCUUAUCACAGUUCCACUGAAGCUUUUUAUAUGAAAGCGGGGAGGAGUGUUACACUGAUAUUGGAGUGCCACUGGACUGGACGAGUCUGUUUUCUGCAUUCAAUUUUUUUUUUUUUUUUUUUUUUUUUUAGCUUUUGAUUGCAUUUCUGUGUUAUUUGUAGCUUUGUACAAGUAUGGACUCCAUUAAUGGAUAUAUUGCCUUGUCUCCUUGUAUGGGAUUGUCAUUAAAUGUAAGCUUUUGCUUUUA